GAAGAUCGCUUCAAAAUGUACUCUUGUAUCUUGCUUUUAUCCGCCUUUGUUGGGAUUCUGUGCGCACUGGCGCCAACAGCGCCCUCUGUAGACCUCUUGGUGCAGAGGAUGUUUCACCAAGGGGACACAAACAAGGAUGGUAUUUACACUAAGGCAGAGGCUUGGGCAAAGUUGCUGACAAUGGAUAUGGAUGGUAACAGUAAGAUUAGCCUUGACGAGUACAUUGCCCGCUGGAACGCUGAAGCUCCAAACAUGAGAACUGUGGCAGCUGGUAUCUUUCGUAAUCUCGACUCCGACCGAAGUGGGUUUAUAGAACAAGACGACGUCAACCGGGCUUAUGUUGUAAUCGACGUGGACUCAAACGGACAAGUGUCGAGCAGCGAGUUUGUCACAUACUUCAAAAGGAUCUUAUCAUCUGCUACAUCGCCAGAGUCAUUCGUCGAUACCAGUUUCCCUCAAAUUGAUGUCAACAACGACGGAGUAAUCAGCUUUGACGAGGAAUGGGCCAGUGUAAAGCGCUAUGACAUUAAUGGUGACGAUAAAGUCAGUAAGGUAGAAUUCAUGUUGGUCAUCAGCAACACGUCGUACGGCUCAUUUGGACUUGACGAGACGUGGCCAGAUAUGUUUGAUGCCGUCGACUUUGAUGCCAACCGAUUCCUGGAAAAACCAGAGGUUCAGAAAUUUUACCAGCUGAUGGAUUCCGAUCAUAAUAAUGCUGUCACGAAGGCAGAAGUUUUAGCGGCUUUCAAAAACUUUAACCAGUUGUCAGGCAGCAGUAAUGUGACCUCAUCGGACCAGGUUGACUACGGGUUUGCUGAAGCCGACACAAAUCAUGACGGUGUUCUGACAUUGUCGGAAGAAUGGGCACAUAUAUUGUUAGAGGACAAGAAUAAUGACAACAUGGUCGACAAAACUGAGUUUCUCAAAAUGUUCAAAAUUUUCCCAGAUGACGUCAUUAGUGCAGCAAGACGAAUAUUUGAUAAAUACGACAAUAAUUCCGAUGGUCUCUUCCAAAAGGAGGAUGUCGCGACAUACUUCACCGCUAUGGACGCGAACGGCGACGGCAAGGUGUCAAGAAAUGUCUAUGUUACGUUUAUUGAAGUGAUGUUUGCUAAGGAGGGGGCUGACAUCAGAGCUACAGCACAAAAUAUAGCUCAAGUCACUGUGAGUAUAGACUAUGGCUUUAGGCACCUGGACACUAACAACGACUCCCGACUGUCCAUAGAUGAACAGUGGGCUUCGGCACUGAGUCUUGAUAAGAAUGGAGACCAACUGCUGAGCAAAGACGAAUACUUGUUCUGGUUCGCCAACUUUUCUGCACAAGAACGGGCACUCGGUCUGCAGAUCUUCCACAGACUUGAUUUCAACAAGAAUGGAUUCUGGGACAAGUCUGAUAUCGAGAGAGCUUUCAAUCUGACGGACUCUUCGGGAGAUGGCUAUCUUUCUCACGAUGAAUAUGUGAGGUUCGCUGCAAAACUAUUCGCCAGUUUUGGAACCCGUGUGGAUAAUCUUGCCACCAAGUAA